AUGGCCCUUGUUUCUGUCAGAAUGAAAACCCCACCUUUGAUGUGGCAGAGGAGCUCCUGGUUAGGAAAACACCUUUCUUCUUUCACUUCCCUGGGUAAUGCUAGUCCAUGCCAGCGCUGGGAUCUCCAUGAGGCUCAACUACAUGGCAAGGGCGGGUUGGGAGGUCCGGAAACCAUUGGGUUGUCGGUGCCUAAAAAAAGCAGCUUCCAACCCGUUGAAGCACGUUGUGUAGCACCACCCCUCGGCCUCUUUCUACAGUCCAUUACAUCUUCUCUCUUGUAUAUUAGGGUUGCAAAAUUUAUUUCUUUGAGCAACUAG